CCAUCCCAUCUUUUAGCAGGUUGGUUCCUUUUCAUCCUUCAGGUCCUACUUAAAUGUUACUUCGGAGAGUAUUCCAAGAGAUAUAAUGUCUCAGGAAGGCAAUUAUGGGAGGUGGACGAUAUCCAGUAGUGAUGAAAGUGAGGAUGAAAAGCUAAAACUGGACAAGCCAUCUACCUCUUCUGUCAUCCAUGCUGGGCAAGGAGCAGCUAGUGAGCCCAGGUAUACCUGUUCCGAGGCCCGAAAAGCCGCAUACAGAAGGAAAAUCUCACCUGUGCAGUUCAGCAAUACAGAUUCAGUCUCAUCUCCCAAAAAGCAGAAAGGUGGUUCCCAGGAUGACCUGGGUUGGUGUCUCUCCAGCAGUGAUGAUGAGCUGCAACCAGAAAUGCAGCAAAAGAGGACUGAGAAAGCGGUGGUCAAGGAGGAGAAAGACAUCUCCUCUUUCGGAGACUGUUCUGCCCAAAGAGCUGGAAAUCCUGACCCUCCUGCCAGCCACAGGCUCAAAGUGGAGGAGGAAGACGAGUACGAGACAUCAGGAGAAGGCCAGGACAUUUGGGACAUGUUGAAUAAAGGGAACCCCUUCCAAUUUUACCUCACUAGAGUCUCAGGAAUUAAGCUGAAGUAUAACUCUGGAGCCCUUCACAUCAAGGAUAUUUUAUCUCCUCUAUUUGGGACACUUGUUUCUUCAGCUCAGUUUAACUACUGCUUUGACGUGGACUGGCUCAUAAAACAGUAUCCACCAGAGUUCAGGAAGAAACCAAUCCUACUUGUGCAUGGCGAUAAACGAGAAGCUAAGGCUCACUUACACGCGGAGGCAAAGCCUUAUGAAAACAUUUCCCUCUGCCAGGCAAAGUUGGAUAUUGCAUUUGGAACACACCACACAAAGAUGAUGCUGCUGCUGUAUGAAGAAGGCCUCCGGGUUGUCAUACAUACCUCCAACCUCCUCCAUGCUGACUGGCACCAGAAAACUCAAGGAAUAUGGUUGAGCCCCUUGUACCCACGAAUUGUCCAUGGAACUCACAGAUCUGGAGAAUCAACAACACAUUUUAAAGCUGAUCUCAUCAAUUACUUGAUGGCGUAUAAUGCUCCUUCUCUCAAGGAGUGGAUAGAUAUCAUCCACGAGCAUGACCUCUCUGAAACAAAUGUUUACCUUAUUGGUUCAACCCCAGGACGCUUUCAAGGAAAUCAGAAAGAUAAUUGGGGACAUUUUAGGCUUAGGAAGCUUCUGAAAGAACAUGCCUCAUUCAUACCUAAUGCGGAGUCCUGGCCUAUAGUAGGUCAGUUUUCAAGCAUAGGCUCCUUGGGGACUGAUGAAUCAAAAUGGUUAUGUUCUGAGUUUAAAGAGAGCUUGCUGCCACUGGGGAAGGAAAGCAAGACUGCAGGAAAAAGUGUCGUUCCUCUUCAUUUAAUCUAUCCUUCUGUGGAAAAUGUGCGGACCAGCUUAGAAGGAUAUCCUGCUGGAGGCUCUCUUCCCUAUAGCAUCCAGACAGCUGAAAAACAGAAUUGGCUGCAUUCCUAUUUCCAUAAAUGGUCAGCUGAGACUUCUGGCCGAAGCAAUGCCAUGCCACAUAUUAAGACAUAUAUGAGGCCCUCUCCAGACUUCAGUAAAAUUGCUUGGUUCCUUGUCACAAGCGCGAAUCUGUCCAAGGCUGCCUGGGGAGCUUUAGAGAAGAACGGUGCCCAGCUGAUGAUCCGUUCCUAUGAGCUCGGGGUCCUUUUCCUGCCAUCCGCUUUUGGUCUGGACAGCUUUAAGGUGAAACAGAAAUUCUUCUCUGGCAGCCAGGAGCCAAUGGCCUCUUUUCCCGUGCCAUACGAUCUGCCUCCGGAACUUUAUGGAAGUAAAGAUCGGCCAUGGAUUUGGAACAUUCCUUAUAUCAAAGCACCAGAUACGCAUGGGAACAUGUGGGUGCCGUCCUGAGAAGCUAAAGCACUGAAAGAAGGGUGAGAUGUUGAGCCCCAAACACUGAAUUCUGUGUUUGUACUGGAUGUUCACUUCCCUUAAAGUCUACUUGCACCCCUACAAAACUUUCUGCAAAUGUCACUCUUAUGAAAAUGGAUGUUGGUUGUACUUUUAAUGGUCAUUACUAACAUUCUCACUAAAAAAAAAAAAGUGUUAUUUUUUAAAUUCACUUUUAUGUGCUUUGGGAAGAAAACUAUGAAACUUCACAGUGUUGAAA